GAGGGAACAAGGCAUGGAGGGGGAAUCAAGCUCGGUUAACCAGUCCGAAGGGCGUCGGGUCACGCUGGGAAACGCGGCGGUGAGGAGAGAAGCUCCCGGAGGAGUAUCGUUAGUUGUCCCACAACCCAACAUCAAUGCAACAGUGGCACAAAACAUCCUCCUCUCAGUUGAAUACUCUUGCAGAGGCAUUGCCACCAUUGAGUGGAAGCAUGUGUCAAGCUGGGGCACCACCAGCAUCGUUGAGUGGAAAAUUGGGAAUUAUGUCAACAUAUCCACAGUCUACAAGGACAGAGUGACUACUUUUGAAAAUGGCUCUAUACAGCUUCACAACGUGGGCAUGCGAGAUGCUGGCUACUAUUUUGUCACUGUAACAGAGGAGUAUGGAAACAACGCCUACGGCACCAUCAUAGUCAAUGUUUACGAAAUUAUCUAUGAAGAUUUACAUUUUGUAGCAGUUCUCUUUGCCUUUCUCGCUGCAGUAUCUGCCAUUCUGAUCUGCUUCAUGUGGCUGUGUAAUAAAUCUCUGCAUCUGUUUCAGAAGAAGACACACAAACUCACAGCAAGUACAACGGAAGAGAUUGAAUUGGAAACCAUUGAGUGUUAGCCAAGGACUGUAUCAUAGCAAAAAUAACGAUUCUACCUCAGGAGAAAACACUGACCAAGAAAGCAAGAACAAACCUAGAAGGACAGACUGACAGAGCUUCCCCUCUGGUCAGGGACUAGGAUGACCAGGUGCAGAGGUACUAUGGGUUCCAUUUGGAAAAACUCUCAGAGAAUUUCUCACCAAGUGAAAAACGAUGCAGUACGUCGCCUUUUGGGAGAUCCUUGCACUGACUCCGUGGGAACUGAACCAUAACUUUGCUGCCACUUUCCGGACCGUUACGUACUGCAAUGAACAGAGAUUUUAAUGAGCAUUUUUACACUGUACGAAUUCCUCCUAUUAAAUAUUCUUUCUUGUGUAUACUAUACAUUACUCCUACUCAAUUCCAAGCAUGCUGAAAGCAAACAAGGAAAAUUCUUUUUUUUUUUAAAAAGCUUUUUCUUUUAAUUUUCUCUCUCUCAUCUCCCAGUUCUCUACGAUUUUGUUGUUUAGCACUAACUGUUUAACUGGAUCUAAUUCUGGUUAGAUUAAACCAGAGAUACAUUUGAUAAAACCCCCACACAUACACCUUAUAACCACAUUUCUUUUUCCCUAAUGAUACCAGGAAGGGCAAAGGUUAUUAUGCUCAUUCUUUCCUUGCAUGUAUUCCAACUAUUCUUUGAAAAAUGUGAGCAAAAAUGUAUUGUUUCUAGUGCAUUUAUCUCAAAUGGACAGGGACAAAGUCACUAGCAUAGUUGUUGUUUUUAAUCUCAAAAUUCUGCAAGACUGGUGGAGGGGUGGUGGUGUUUUGUUGGUUGGAUGCAUUUCUGUGUUUUGAUGCUGGGUAGUGGUGUGUGUUGGCUUUUUAAAUAGCAGUUAGGGAGGCAACACUUAGCUUUCCCCUCAUUUACCAAGCCAGCCUUCUACAGAUGAGUGUAAGGCUGAUUGAACAUAAUUUCUCCUUCAUAAAUUGAUGCCAAUUACUCUCAGUCACCACCUUCUAUGGAAUAUGUUUGGAAACUUCUGGGACCGGUUUUCCCCCCUUAUCUUCCCAGUAAUGCAAUGAAACCGAUCAGACUGCAGUUCCCCCACAUUCUCCUUCUUGAAUAUAGGAUGUGACAUCUACCUUCUUCCAGUCCUCAGGAAUCCUUCCUGAUCACCACGGCCUUUUAAAGAUGAUGAGGAGUGGCCUUACAAAUAACAUCAAUCAGCUCCCUCGGCACUCAUGGAUAUAUCCCACCUGGUCCCGUGAACUUGUCAAUGUCUAAGUUUGUUCAAAGGUUCUCUAGCUUGCUCCUCUGCUACUGAGGCUGUCUUUGCUCCAAAAUUUCCCAUGGGUCUCAUGGACCCAUUCCUAAAGGCCAGUCUUAAGACCAAAGCAAAGAAGGUACUGAGUACCUUGGCCUCCUUCAUGUCCCGUGCCACCAGGUCCUCUGCCCAUUUGAAAGGAGUCCCACAUUUUCCCUAAUCUUCCCUUUGCUGCUGCCGUACCUGCUCAAACUCUUCUUGUUGCCCUGUACACCCCUCAGGACCUUAGCUUUCCUAUCCUUGUCAAUGCAUGCUUGGACAGC